UUUGCUCCGUUCUUAAAGGGGCCGCACCGCCUCUUUCCUUUUUUUUCCUAUUCAUUUCUCUAAGCGCCUCCGCGCCGUCCGGGUGGGCCCGAGCCGCCCCCGUCAGCCUCCGCCAUGAGGGAGAUCGUGCACAUCCAGGCGGGCCAAUGCGGCAACCAGAUCGGCGCUAAGUUCUGGGAGGUGAUCAGCGACGAGCACGGCAUCGACCCCACGGGCACCUACCACGGGGACAGCGACCUGCAGCUGGAUCGCAUCAGCGUCUACUACAAUGAGGCCACAGGUGGAGGUAAAUACGUGCCCAGGGCCAUCCUGGUGGAUCUGGAGCCCGGCACCAUGGACUCCGUUCGCUCCGGCCCCUUCGGGCAAAUCUUCCGACCCGACAACUUCGUGUUCGGCCAAAGCGGCGCCGGCAACAACUGGGCCAAGGGUCACUACACGGAAGGCGCCGAGCUGGUGGACUCGGUGCUGGACGUGGUGCGCAAAGAAGCCGAGAGCUGCGAUUGCCUCCAGGGCUUCCAGCUCACCCAUUCCCUGGGCGGCGGCACCGGCUCGGGCAUGGGCACGCUCCUGAUCUCCAAAAUCCGCGAGGAAUACCCGGAUCGCAUCAUGAACACCUUCAGCGUGGUGCCGUCGCCCAAAGUGUCGGACACGGUGGUGGAGCCGUACAACGCCACGCUGUCGGUUCACCAGCUGGUGGAGAACACGGACGAGACGUACUGCAUCGACAACGAGGCGCUCUACGACAUCUGCUUCCGCACCCUCAAGCUGACCACGCCCACUUACGGAGAUCUCAACCACCUGGUCUCGGCCACCAUGAGCGGCGUCACCACUUGCCUUCGGUUCCCCGGUCAGCUCAACGCCGACCUUCGUAAGUUGGCCGUCAACAUGGUGCCCUUUCCACGGCUUCACUUCUUCAUGCCAGGCUUCGCUCCGUUGACCUCGAGGGGUAGCCAGCAGUAUCGGGCCCUCACCGUGCCCGAGCUCACCCAGCAAGUGUUCGACGCCAAAAACAUGAUGGCCGCCUGCGACCCGCGGCACGGCCGCUACCUCACCGUGGCCGCCGUCUUCCGAGGGCGCAUGUCCAUGAAGGAGGUGGACGAGCAGAUGCUGAACGUGCAGAACAAGAACAGCUCUUACUUCGUGGAGUGGAUCCCCAACAACGUGAAGACGGCCGUGUGCGACAUCCCGCCGCGCGGCCUCAAGAUGGCCGUCACCUUCAUCGGCAACAGCACGGCCAUCCAGGAGCUCUUCAAGCGCAUCUCGGAGCAGUUCACCGCCAUGUUCCGCCGCAAGGCCUUCCUGCACUGGUACACGGGCGAGGGCAUGGACGAGAUGGAGUUCACCGAGGCCGAGAGCAACAUGAACGACCUCGUGUCCGAGUACCAGCAGUACCAGGACGCCACAGCCGAGGAGGAGGAGGAUUUCGGCGAGGAGGCCGAAGAAGAGGCCUGA